CAGGAUUUAUCCUUACCGAAGUUGCAAAUCUCCUAUGGUACUACUUAUACUUAGGCAUCCUUGGAUAUCGCUAAUGAGGCUUUAAUAUUUAAGUCACGCAUCCAUUCUAAGUUUAAUUGGACUUAUUGGUAAACGUAGAGUAGAGAUAGCCAAUACAUACCUACCUAUCGAGGUUAUACGUGUUCACCAAGCACUGGUAAUCUCAUUCUGUAUUCUCUUUCUUAACCUUUAUUAAUAUCCUUCUUUUUGUGAUUCCUAUUGUAAAUGGCCUUUUUCCUAGAAAAUUUAGCAAUUUUUCAGCAUGGCUCCUCUAGUAAAAAUACUGUCCUUGGAUGGCGGUGGUGUUCGUGGUAUAUCGAGUCUCCAGAUACUCCAAGAACUGAUGGAAAAGAUCAAAGAAGCCCAAAGCCUAACCGAAGUCCCCCGGCCAUGCGAAAUGUUUGACAUUAUAGGCGGCACGAGCACAGGGGGGAUAAUCGCGAUAAUGCUAGGACGAUUGCAAAUGAAGGUCGACGACUGUAUUAAGACAUAUAGGAGAAUGGCUCAAAAAGCGUUUACCCCCAAGCGUCGACUUCCUUUUCCUGCUCCCCCAGCAGGAGCUUAUUCUGCCACAGCUCUGGAGAACGCUAUAAAGGAGGUCAUCAGGACUCUGUGUAAGGACAACCACUGCUUAGCAACGCAGUCAUGUUCGCACGGAGACCUACUUUUCCGAGAUGAGACUUGUACAAAAACAGUUGUCUUAGCCACAACAAAAGAAAAUAUCAACUCGACACCUACACUCUUCAAAACCUAUGACACGGCAACGGGUUUCCAAGAUUGUGCAAUAUGGGAGGUAGCCCGAGCUACCUCUGCGGCUACUACAUUCUUCAAAUCAAUCAAGUGCGGCCGAGAUCAUAUCGAGUUCAUCGAUGCCGCAUUGGGCUAUAACAACCCGUGCGAGGUCCUCAUUGACGAGGCAAAGAAACUGUUCCCUGAUAUCUCGGAGAGUCAGCUGCGCGUCAUCAGCAUUGGCUCUGGUCUAGGCGAUGCCGUUACUAUCCGGGAUUCCAGAACGUCGAUCCUCAGAGCGCUCAAGACCAUCGCCACCACCUCAAAGAAAGCAGCGGAUAGGCUUGCCAUAAGAUAUGGCGAUACCAACUGCUACUACCGUUUCAAUGUUGAUCGUGGCUUAGAGGACGUCACGCUUGCUGAGUGGAAGGCGUAUAGUAAGAUCUCGGCACACACACACAAUUAUCUUCGUGAAAAUGAGAGCUAUGUCCAGUCGUGUGUUCGGAGCCUGUUCCGCGACGAUAACGAGGCAAGCCGCGUCAUGGAUCAUCCCGAGCCUGACUCGCCUCCGAGAGCCAUUAGAGGGCUUAACAAUAAGGAGCUGAAUAGUACUUCUGACUCUAUGUUAUCGAUCCAACGAAACACAGCAUGCCAUAAUGCUGAGCAAAACAAUACCAUCGGUCCGAUGAGGCGCAGGCGAGUAAUGGCUGACAUAUCUGGCAACAUUUCUUCUGGCGGGAGCAAGCAGUGGAACUCGAUAGGGGCGCCGAGAACUUUUGCGUAGGAAUAAUGCUUACAGCAUGAGAUGAGAAAGAUUGAAUUGCGCCUAUUUUGCCUGGUUGCCUGGUUAGGUUGGAAUAAGAUUCUUUUCAAGGCGUUGGUUACAUGGGGGCUAUAUGAGGCAGUUUUUCUGAGAAGUGGCGUGUUCUAGAAAGGGGUUAAUAAGGACUUUAUAGAUAUAGCACACAAAUGGGCGUCGGGAACUCCGGUUUUUAUGUACGAUGUUCAGGUCGCCGCUUACCACAUGC